CUUGGGACAAGUGUCCCCAGAGCCCACCUGGAAGUCUAGACACAGGGUCCCCAAUUGGAAUGAAGUAUGCUGCUUCUGGAGGACAGGCCAGGGAGAGGGCUUAGGACUGUGGACUCAUCAGCUAUUGUUACCCACAAGAGGGGUAAGGUGGGUAGUCAAUGCAGGCCCCCCUUACAGGGCGAGACCUCCGUCUGAGCGGAUGGAGUAUGGGUCUCAGACGUGGUUCCAGCCACUGCCAAAGCACGACAGUGAGUCGUGCCUCCCCUGUACUCCAUCUAGUUCCAUCCCCCUUACGUGUGGCCAUGCAUAGCUUUCUGAACCUUUGCAUCUCGGUUCCGUCUUCGUGAAGUAGCUGCCUUGCGGUGUCUGUAAUUGUGAAGGUUAAGUGGGGCCAGGCCGUGAUGGCGGGUAGCGUAACAGCCAGCUCAUGGCGCACGCUCAGAGCUGGAUAGAGCACCCUGACCCCUCCUCAGCAGGGCCUAGGGCAAGACCAGCCCAUGGACCCUCGCCCAUCAGAGCCGGAGGGGCCAGACCCAUCUCGUCCAGGGGGUUUCCGGCAGGGUUCCUCAACAUCCUACGGCAGGACUGGUAAGGAGGCCUGGAAAAUUCCAAGUCCCCACCCUCAUGUCAGCCAGAACAUGCCCAUUUUCCUCUGCUGAUCUUUUUCUAAGAAAGCCUUCCGCUGCUUUCAGUGUACAAUCCACCCACCUGGCCUUUUAUCACACAGAUGGAGAGACUGAGGCCAGAGAGGAAUGGGGACCCGGAAUUAUAUGAGGAAGGGUGUUCGGGGAAAGCGUCCUGGGAGGACAGGACUGGUGGUGGCAACUUCCAGCUGGGCCUAGAUAUGCUGGCUCGUGUCUCACGUGGUAGGCCAGAACCACCUGGUGUGGGGUGCCUGCUGCCGUCCCUCACCUGUGGCUCUCCUUCCAGCCCCCACCAUGCCGUGGCCCCUGCUGCUGCUCCCAGUGCUGCUGCUGGCCGUGAGCGGGGCCCAGACGACCCGGCCAUGCUUCCCCGGAUGCCAGUGUGAGGUGGAGACCUUCGGCCUCUUCGACAGCUUCAGCCUGACACGCGUGGACUGCAGCGGCCUGGGCCCCCACAUCGUGCCCGUGCCCAUCCCUCUGGACACAGCCCACCUGGACCUGUCCUCCAACCGGCUGGAGACCGUGAACGAGUCGGUGCUGGCGGGGCCGGGCUAUACCACGCUGGCAGGCCUGGAUCUCAGCCACAACCUGCUCGCCAGCAUCUCGCCCACCGCCUUCUCCCGCCUUCGCUACCUGGAGUCGCUCGACAUCAGCCACAACGGCCUGGCAGCUCUGCCGGCGGAGAGCUUCACCAGCUCGCCCCUGAGCGACGUGAACCUCAGCCACAACCGGCUCCGAGAGGUCUCGGUGUCUGCCUUCACGACCCACAGCCCGGGCCGGGCGCUGCACGUGGACCUCUCCCACAACCUCAUCCACCGCCUGGUGCCCCACCCUGCAGGGGCCAGCCUGCCCGCACCCGCCAUUCAGAGCCUGAACCUGGCCUGGAACCGGCUCCGCACCGUACCCGACCUCCGGGACUUGCCCCUGCGCUACCUGAGCCUGGAUGGCAACCCGCUGGCUGCCGUUGGCCCGGGUGCCUUCAGGGGGCUGGCAGGCCUCACGCAUCUGUCACUGGGCAGCCUGCAGGGGCUCCCCCAGCUGGCGCCCCAUGGCUUCCGUGAGUUGCAAGGCUUGCAGGUCCUGGACCUUUCAGGCAACCCCAAGCUCAAGUGGGCGGGAGCUGAGGUAUUCUCGGGCCUGGGCUCCCUGCAGGAGCUGGACCUGUCAGGCACGGGCCUGGUGCCUCUGCCUGAGAUGCUGCUCGUCCACCUGCCAGCACUGCAGAGCAUCAGCGUGGGCCAGGGCGUGCGGUGCCGGCGGCUAGUGCGGGAGGGCGCCUAUCCUCGGCAGCCUGUCUCUAGCCCCAAGGUGGCCCUGCACUGCGUAGACCCCCGGGAAAGGGCUGCGGAGAGCCCCAACGCUUUGUGACAAACGGUGUGGCCCGGGGCCGUCUGACACACUGCUGCCCUGGGCUUCCUCAGGGCCUGGGUAAUUUAUAUUUUCAUGUGCCAAUGCCAGGGGGCACCCUGCAGGCCUCUGUAGCAGCGCGGAAGAGAGCUGUGGACCUAGGGAGAGCUUUGGGGCUGGGGCCGACACCCAGGAGCAAAGUCUGGCCCCUCUGUCUGUGUUGCUCCCCAGACCAUAAGUAGAAGGUCUUAGAUGCCAAACCCAGACGGCAGUCCCCUGCCGUCCUUCCCCGUUUGUCCCCAAAGUGCCUUCCUUCAGGCCUGGGCCAACCUGACCUGUGACAGGGGGAGGGUGGAAGGGCGAUACUGCUGCAGAAAAGAGGUCAGGCCCACGGCUGAGCAUCCCCUUGGGCCCACGGUCCAGUCACUCAGGGGCAUGAGUUUCUUUUAUGAGGUAGCCCCCGCUUUGCCCUGGGCCCAUGAGGCCCACUUCAUCCUUUUGUUUUCCUCUAGAACGCUGGGUAGAACCUUAGUCAUAGAAGGGACUAGAGAAAAAAAUCAAGUGCACCUCCUCAUGUGACAGGUGGGGACACUGAGGUCCAGAGAGGGCAAAUGGCUAAUCUAAGGCACUAGAGCCAUGGAGACGUAACCGGCCCCAGCAUCCUGCCUCCCAGCGAGGCCUUUUGCACUUUUCUGUCUUUUCUAAAUCAUGCCCUCUGUCCCCUUCCUGGGCUCCCCCAUCCUGCCAUUUGUACCCUUUCCCUGUCGUCCCCAGGACAGGCAAGGGCCUCCGAGGUGGGACUCGGACCCGAGACCAGCUGUAUGGCACAGGUUAAGUGAGUUCACCUCAGAGCCUCUGGAAGCUUCAGGCAUGCCAGUCCCAGCCCUACCAGUUUCCCACUCUGCAGUGGGGUCCUCCAGCGUUGAGACUGGAAAUUCGUCCAUUGACCCCUGCGGUACUGCCUCGAAGUGCAAGGAGUUGAUGCAGUCCUGGAGCCCCAAGGGGCCUCCUGGACUCGGUCCCCACUGGCCCUGAGCCCAACAGCCUCUCUCACCCAUCUUUGGGCAGGAGGCAGGUACCCCCAUCAAUGUUUAUGCUCUCAGCUUCCCAGCCCUGGGCUCUUUCCUUUGUAUUUGUUCUAUAAAAGUUGUUGCCUUUGUAAUGGACUGUUACUUCAACCACCCCUCCCCCCACCCCUGCCGGCAGGGGAUGGAAACGUGUCAUUUGUAAAAGAAGAAAAACAUUGCAUUUGUUCACUUUUGUAAUACUGUGUCCUGGGGGUGUGCUGAGGGAGGAGGUGUUGGGGGGAAGCGAUUGGGCAUCAGGGGUCCCAAGGAGCCACCCACAGGACAAGGAGAGCUCUGUCCUCUCCCAUUUAGCCCCACCCUACACCUAACUGAUCCUUGAUUUAAUAAACACUAUAAAGAGUC